GCUGCUCUCUCUCCCUCUCACACACAGGUAACAUCCAGGUAAAGAUCCAGUGGACCACGCGCAGUGCAGAAUGAGGGUUUUGCUUGCUGUCGCCGCUCUUGUGGCCGUGGCCAGUGCUGCCAGCGUCUCGCUGGAGGACAUGGAGUUCCGUGCCUGGAAACUGAAGUUUGAUAAGGUCUACCACACUGCAGAAGAAGACUCUCAGCGUAAGAUGACCUGGCUGGCCAAUCGUAAGCAGGUCCUGGUGCACAACAUGCUGGCUGACCAGGGCAUCAAAAGCUACAGACUCGGCAUGACUUACUUUGCAGAUAUGAACAACCAGGAGUACCGGCAGCUGUUCAAGAGCUGUCUGGGAUCCUUCAACAGGACCAAGGCCCGCGGUGCAACGGCAUUCCUCCGACAGGUAGUGGGCGCUCCCCUGCCUGAAACUGUGGACUGGAGGACCAAGGGCUAUGUGACGGAUGUUAAGGACCAGAAGGACUGUGGAUCCUGCUGGGCCUUCAGUGCGACGGGAUCACUGGAGGGUCAGACGUUCAGGAAGACGGGGAAGCUGGUGUCCCUCAGCGAGCAGCAGCUGGUAGACUGCUCUGGGGAAUAUGGGAACUUUGGCUGUGGAGGAGGCCUGAUGGACCAGGCUUUUGACUACAUCAAGGACAACAAAGGAAUCGACACAGAGGAAUCCUACCCUUACGAGGCCAUAGACGGUAAAUGCAGGUUUAAACCAGACUCUGUGGGAGCCACCUGCACUGGCUAUGUGGACAUCACCAGCGGAGAUGAGAAGGCUCUCCAGGAAGCCGUGGCCACCAUUGGACCUGUCUCUGUGGCCAUAGACGCAGGACACUCCUCCUUCCAGCUCUAUGAGUCAGGUAUCUAUAAUGAGGCUGAGUGUAGCAGCAGUGAUCUGGAUCAUGGCGUUCUGGCUGUUGGUUACGGCACUGAGAGUGGACAGGACUACUGGCUGGUCAAGAACAGCUGGGGUCUCGCUUGGGGUAACAAAGGCUACAUCAAGAUGUCCAGGAACAAGAAUAAUCAGUGUGGUAUUGCCACAGCAUCCAGCUAUCCACUGGUCUAAAGGUUCUGUGUGAGGUGGCUGCAAUCUGAGCAGCUGAUUAUCAGGAAUGAAACAUCAGCUGUGCCGUUAAGAUGUGCCACUGACCGCUACCUCAGGGAGAGACUGUAAACCGCGCUCUUACGUUACAGAACUAAUUUCAUACAAUUGUAAUAAAGGUGUUUUUUGUUUUCUAAUUCUCUCUCUUCUUAAGAGAACACAGUGUGAAUGUAAAAAUAAAGUGAUUGGAGAAAAUAAAAGGGGUAAAUAGAGAAAACAUGGUUGUUGGUUUGAAAAUGUGUUAAAUGUCUGGAAAAUUUUAUAACAAUU